ACUGUUCAGAAAUUUCAGAGGUUGAGAUGAUGAAGGCAAGAUUUUCAAGAUUGCUGCUUGGAGAAGACAUGUCAGGGCGUGGAAUUGGGGUUUGCACAGCAUUGGCUAUUUCUAAGGGCAUUACAAAUCUCUAUGCUACCCUGUUUGGGAAAAUCUGGAAAUUGGAACCUUUAGAUCCAAUGAAGAAGGCGAUGUGGCGAAGAGACAAGGAAUGGCUUCUUUCUGUCAGUGAUCACAUUGUUGAGUUCACACCCGCUUGGCAGAAAUUUCCUGAUGGAAGCGAGGGUGAGGUCAUGACUUGCAGGCUCCGAGCAGAUCUUUAUGCUAAUCUCCCAGCUCUGCGUAAAUUAGAUGACAUGCUUAUUGAAACAUUAGAUAGUUUUGAAGAUACAGAGUUCUGGUAUGUCAACCAGGGGAUCCUAUCCCCUAAAGCAGAUGGCUCGUCCUCUUCCCCAGGACAUCUACAUCACCAAGAGGAAAAAUGCUGGCUACCUGUGCCUCAUGUCCCUCCCACUGGCCUCUCUGAAAAUUCAAGGAAGCACUUGCAGCAGAAACGCGAUUUCACUAAUCAAAUACGAAAAGCUGUCCGGGCCAUCAACAGCACUACUUUAGCUGAAAUGGAAGUCCCAGAGCCGUAUUUGGAAGCUCUUCCAAAGAAUGUAAGAGCUAGCUUGGGUGAUCUUAUCUAUCGAUAUAUUACGUCAGACCAGUUUUCCCCUGAAUAUGUCCUUAGCCAUCUUGAUUUCACCUCUGAACAAGCUAUAGAGGUUGCCAACAGAGUGGAGGCCUCAAUAAUUGUGUGGCAUCAAAGACACUACCCAAAACCCGUUAGCAUUAAAAGUCAGCCCACUUCGAGGCAAUCAUGGAAAGCAGAGAAGGAGCUGAUGGCUGAUGCAGACAAGACAGAAUCAAUAGCAGAAAGGGCCGAGAGCCUCUUGUUUUGCAUUAAGCAGAGGUUCCCUGGCCUCCCACAGACUACCUUAGGGAUGAGUAAAGUCCAGUUCAACAAGGAUAUUGGGAAAUCCAUUUUAGAAAGCUACUCAAGAGUUUUGGAGAGCUUGGCAGCUGAUAUUUUGGUUUGUAUCGAUGAUUUAUUAUAUAUGGAUGACUUGACGAAUCAGUUUUUGCCAAUCACUAGGGUUGGGGUGACUGGCCACGAGAGCAUUUCAAUUCCACAUUUGCUGCCCGUCUCAAGCACUCCUAUUGAAACAGCUGUCACGACAUCAGGCGUUUCCCAGGGGCAGCAAGUUAUCCCUGCAAAGGCAGAGACAUCACCAUUCUUCAAACCUAGCAAGCUUCUGCUUCGAGGGUUAAGCAAGAGAAAGCCCUCGACAGAUUUUCGGAAUACUGAGAGAAAAGGGAAAGACAAUGACAGUCACAUUGAGGGUUCAGAAUUGACUUCAAAAGCAACUGGAGAAGCGAUGGGUUUUCUUAGUACUGAGACAAAAGGGAAAGACAACAACAGUCCUAUGGAGGGUUCAGAAUUGAUUUCAAAAGCGACUGGAGAAGCAUCAGCGCCACUAACUGGAUCAGAAUCUUUUGAGAUUUUGAGAAAAGCUAUUAGGCCUCCAUCACAGGGCUCAAUUCUGGGUCUAAUGGCUUCUGAUAGAACUUGGGGGAUCACCUACUUACAAUGAGGACUAGGAAGCCUCUGGACCUCUAGUGAUAUCUGUCAAUGAUAAGUAAAAGGCUUGGGGCGUUAUCCGCAUACAGGGGUGCCCAGGAAAAGGAAAACUCAGAUCUGCUGGUGGCGACAUGCAUUUUAUACUACCAAGA